GCCGGUGAGGUAGGAUCGCCAGCUUGCCGUGACUGCCCGUCGGAGUUCCUGCUGAAUCGAAAUAUAGACACGGUCGAGAACCCCGUCGCUGGGAUCGCCCUCGAGACGUCCACCGAGCCCACGUCUGCUGCCGCCCUUCCAACCAGGUAUCCAGACCCCCGAUGCCAGCCCUGACCCGAUGACGAGCAACCACGCGGCAGGACUGGAGAUACAACGGCCUCGUUCUGCUUUUCAUUCGGGAGAUUUUCGUGACCGAUCCCCUGCCGAUACGCCCUCGGACAACCCGGAGCCCUUGGCUUCACGCCCGGGGAGUGGCGAUGGGACACCACGGUUGCCCGCAAAGGCCGAUCCCAUCGUGUACGAGAAGCGUCCGGUACGCUCCCGAGCCGUUUCCAAUGCCUCGACCACCAGCUUGCUCUUCAUGCCACCGACAAGUCCACUAGCCAAACAGUCCACCUCCGACGGGUCACGCUCCGAUGUUGAGGCCGCCUCCCGCCGCCAUACGCUAUCUCCUUUCGCUUUCAGGGGAUUGUUCUCAUCAUCGCCUCUCAACGUGUCUGAUCGGAACGAUCCGACCCACCCAUCUCAAUCCUACCGAUCGAGUUUGCAGCAUAUUUCCCGCUUCAUCCCCCAAACUCCGAGCUCUCGUCGUCCGUCGUUAUCGUCGGACAGUCCCCCUUUGCACCAUGCCCCCCUGGUCGGCUCGUACGAGGAGUCCAUUUUGCGGGGUCGCAUGUCCACCACUCCCUCACGACCAUUGAACUUCGUCGCUCAAAUCGGCGUCUUGGGGCGUGGGGAAUGCAAACCCAGCUUACAAUGCCCACCACACGUGAUGGUGGGAUUUCCUGCCGUAUUCUACAGUUACAAUGGCGGUACCCGGAUCGCGGAUAGUCAGCCGAGCCCAUAUGUCGGCCUGAUCGACCUCGAGGGCACGGCAUCGGAGCGAUCGAAGCGGCGCCGCUCGCCAGAGGAGCGACGUGCGAGGAAACAGAAGCGACUGAGACGGCUACGAUGCGAUGCGGAGGCGAAGGACUCCAGUCCGCUAGCACCCACCGGUCGCCAAGGAGGCGGUGAUAGGGCCCCGCUCGAACCGCGCUCCCGAUCCGGCUCGCCUGUGCCGCGGUCGAUCCGAGCCAGCGGUGCGCAGCGACCGGGCGAAACCGUGGGCCCCAUCACAACGCCCGUUGGUGGAUACCGGAUUCCCCCUCAGGGCCAUCUUCAAAUCAUCAUCAAAAAUCCCCACAAGACCGCCGUCAAGCUUUUCCGGGUCCCAUACGAUGUCUCGGACAUGCCGGUUGGGACCAAGACUUUUGUCCGUCAACGAAGCUUCGUGGAGAGCACGGAAGCCUGGGAGCCUGGAAUGGGCGGGAUGAACGCCACACAGUCGGCGUCGAGAGCCCCGCUGCGUUACCUGGUGCACUUGAACAUCUGCUGCACGGCACCGAAACGACAUUGGCUGUACGGAGACAUUCGAGUCGUGUUCGCGAACCGUGUCCCGGAUGGGAAAGAGAGCUUGCGAUGCGAAACACAGGUUCCGGAGCCGAGGUGGAGUGCCUACCGUCCAACAGUCCGGCCGAACGCUCGGCCAACCAACCAAGGCCAGCCGUUCGGCGCCCUUGCCUCGGAAACCAAAGAUACACGUCAUUCCGUCGCUUGGUCGCCGCGGUUCAAACAAUUCGGCCACCUGGAAUCGGACCACCUCGACAAGGUCGACGGGCUACAAGGUCUGCACGCUAGGAGCAGAAAACUUCCACAGAACGACACAUUUACGGCGCAACCGCCCGGAAGAAUCCACGAUAUGAGCGCGGAGGACCGUGCGAAGACGCAGGCGGAGGUACAGGCCAAGUUCGAGGAGACAUAUGCCCGAGCAGAGGCAAAGGAGCGGAUGAACCGCUUGGGACGGGGCGAGGAGUUUCUCACCAGACUUCACGGAUAUGGGAUGUCCCGGCCUCAUUGAUACGGUUGUUAGGGGUUGGAUCCUGUGUAAUCAGCAUGACGGUAUUUAGGUGCAUCGUUUAGGUUGGCGAUUAUUGUUCUGAUAGAUACCCUUGUCGAUGAAUCAAGUAUAUAUGCAUUGCCAUCCUCCCAUCUCACGCUGA